AGCACGAGAUUGUCUCUGGGGGAAGCCCACCCCAGGAUCUGGUGUUUGUUGGUCUCUUCCACAGAGCGCUGGAGUCUCAGCCGCUCCGGAUCAGGGGGAGGGGCCAGCUGUGAAUUUGGAGCCUGAUCUAGGUUUGGAUCUGAAUCCGCCAGUGUUGCGGAGCGUUCAGCUGUGGGGAGCUAGUUCCCGCCCGCGCCACAUCACAAUGUGCCACUCCUGCCGCCCCAAUCUCCUCCCUGGCUCUGCACCUCGCCCCCUGCACCUGGCAUAUCAAUAGCGAGCUAGGCCUGACCACCUCCAUCACCUUUGCUGACCCCAUCACUUCCAUAGGGAAUGGCACUGAGGAUGCCAGGGGAACAGGCAUUCUCAGGUUGCCAGGAGCCAUUGUUCUAUUUACCAAGACAGUCCGAUGCCAGGACAGUGCCCCUGAGCUCUGGAGAGGGCUAGGGCUGCAUUAGGACACCUGCCGUGCAGCUGCUGGAGAGUCAGCAGGAGACAUUGAGAUGGCUGAAGAAGCCCCCAAGGACUCCUCAAUGCCCAUCGGUGCCUGGGUGGAGAGGAAACCUGCCCCAUGGGAGAGUUGGCAAAAGAUCCCACAGCAGAAGCAGGAGCUGUGUGUGCCUCAGCCCUUCCGUGCCAAUUCACCAUCCUAUUGCAACGCCUGCUUUAGGAGGAUAGACUGGGAGGAGAAAGAGGCCCUGGAGAACAUCAACGCCUUUCUCACAAGCAAUGAACAGGACGAGGCCAAGAAACUCAAGUUCUUGGAUUCCAUCAGCACCCUCAGCAGCCUGCCUGCUUUUAUGGACAAAGGCCUGCUAGUGGAGAAGAUAAAGGAGCUGAUUGAUCACGAGUCCGUCGACUCCCUGACCGGCGUGAUGCGUCAGCAAGCAAUGCUCGCCAUCAUGAAGCUGAGCAAAAUGAAGCUACCGCUGCUGGUCCUGACACGACCCAGCCUGCUCGCCACCUGCUUCUCCAGCAUCUUCUCCCUGCCUCCAGCACACACCAUGGAGGAGGUGGAGGCUGCUCUCUGCACCAAAACUCUGAAAACCAUGGAUGAGAUGCUGAAGGCCUUGGUGUGCAAGGAUCAGGAGCCCAACCUUCUGGCGCUGCAAAUCAUCUUGAAGGUCCUGCUCCCCUGGACCACAUCCAAGGAGGUACAUGAGCGGCUGAGGGCAGUGGGAAGGAUCAGGUGGCUGAUGGAAUUCAUGGGGUCUCAGUGCAAAUUCCAGGAAGUGGAGGAGUUCAGAGUCCUGGGCCAGCUGGUGGGGUGUCUCACUCUGUGCUGUGUGGAGCAGGAGCAGGAGAUCUGGCAAUCGGCUGUGGAGGGACUUCACCACCUCCUCUCCUUCAUGCAGCAGCUAAAAUCCAAAAUGCUGGUGAAGCACGGUGCAAAGUAUCGGCAGCUUCUCAAGGACAGUCAAGUUGAGAGAGCCUUCUGGGUCACCAACAUCAGCAAUAUCACAUCGCUGUUUGGGAAUUACUUCGACCCGUCCGAGAGCAUGGACUUCCUCCUCGUUGCUAUCAACAGCAUGAGAGACUCCAGCGUCCAUGACGCAGUGACGGCCAGGAACAUGCUGCAUACGAUCCUGAAGGUUCCCGGCCUAGGCUUGGUGAGGGUGUCAGAGGCUGUGAGGAGCAUUCAUAACCACCUGGACUCCAUCAGCGAGCCACUUGCCCGGCAGGAGCUGCUCAGGGCCCUUCUCCUGCUGGGCUCCCAGUUCAGCGAGGAGGUGGUCGGAACCCUGCUGGGCUACUCACUGUCAUGUGACAGUGUUGCUGCGGAGAUGUGGAAGAUGCUGACAUCCCAGCCCAAGAGCACAGAAAAGAUCCUUAGGGAGCUGGUCAGCAGGCUGCAGGGGCCAGCUCCGCGACAGCAUCAGCUCUCUCAGAGACCGGCCGGCGUCGCCUCCUUGGCCGCCACAAGAGCCCUAUAUGUGAUCCUGCAGGAGCAGGCCUGCAGGCAGGAGGUGAAGGAGCUCUUCCCUCAGCUCUACGUCGCGCUGCUCUUCCACAUCACCCACACAGUGCAGCACACUGCUUCGCAGGAGAGGGAGCAUAACCAGGAGGACACGGCCGAACCCCUCAGCCCCGUCAGGUUCGCGGUGAAGGCCAUGGAAGCUUUGCUUCUAUGCGCUGACUACAAGCAGCAGGCCUCCUUCAUGAUGAGGCAUGGCCGCUCGGACCUGCUCAUGAGCUCCGACACGCACCACAUAGGCGUCUGCCUGCUUGCUCGGGCCAUGGUUUGGCUCAAUUUCCAGGAGCGAAACUGGAUUUUCCACCAUCUCAUGGCCAUCCUCAAGUAUCAGGACGAUAGGCGGUACGUCCCAGCCAUGGCGCUCUUCAUUCAGCUCCUCAAGUGCCCUGACCUUGACAACGAGCUGGAAGACGCCAUCGUGGAGGAGAUGAGCAGGCUGCUGAGAGACCCCAAGACCGUGGUGCGCUGGUUGGCGCUCAAAGGCCUCCUCAAUCUGGCCCUUCGCCCAGAGAAGGUGGGGAAACUCCAGCAUCUGCUGCCAGAUGUCCUGGAGCGACUCCAGGAGGUAGACAGAGACCUCAUCCACAAGGCCAUCGCCGUGCUGAAACACCUCCUCCCCGGCAUGGACAGGCAGAGCGCUAGCCGCGUUGCUGUGCAAGUGGCUGCGCAACUCCUGCCGUUGUUUGACGAUGUAAGGCCUGGCAGCUCACAGGAGAUCCCAUCAAACUGCAGACAUGUGACCAGCAAGCUCCUGGUGCUCUCCAUCACCCUUUUUAAAGACCUGCUGGAGCUUGUAAGGGGGCCCAACCGGAGCGAGAUGAAGGAGCAUGUGCUCCAGAUCCUGGUCCCACUGCUCCUCCUCGUGCAUGAUGAGCGUCCCAGCAUGUCCCAGGUGUGUUGGGACACCCUCAGCAGUGCCGCCCAAUUCCUGAGGUGGCACCAGCUCAGUGGCCUCAUCCAGCACAAGGAAACCUGGCGAAGCUGUGACUGCCUGGUGACGCGCUACAACGGGAGAGCUGAUGACUUCCUGGGCCAGACCAUGGCCUUCCUGCAGCACCCACAGACUCCAGUUAGGGAAGCAGCCAUCAGGUUCCUAGGGCUCACUGCCCGGCAGCUGGACCAGGGGAGCCAGGACAAGCUGGACGCCAUCUGCGACAACCUCAAAGGCUUGCAGCAGGACAGCAUGUCCUCAGUCCAAUGCCUGGCUUCUCAGACCAUCUUCAUCCUGGAGGCCUUCAAGAACCAGCCUCCAGCCUGCUGCGGCCUAUGGACAUAGCCAGCUCUGUACCUCUCGGCCUAUGGACAUUGGUCCAUAGGAUAACAAGAAUGUGCACUGCGGAGAGCCAGCUCAUUGAAGCUGCCCAGCUGCCCUUGCUCUGGGAACAGCCAGCCUCCCUUCUCUGGGGGCUUGGUGCAUGAGAGCCCACCUGGAGCAAGGUGGAACACAUGGCUUCUUCCCAAUUGGCCGCCUGCGCUGCCCAGCCAUGUGAGUAGUUAACUGCUCAAUAGCUUUCAUCAUCAUGUACUUUUUGACAGGUUUCCAUGCACCGUGUUGCAUUUACGUCCUGCCCUCCGUCCCCAUUUCCAGUCGUGUACAUUUUUAUGCCGUCGGCCAUUUUGAAAAUUUAUUUUGUAUUAUUUUUCUGUUUGGCCGGGGGAAGGUUGUGUGCUUGUGUUUUGACAUAUUUAGAGAAAAAGUACAAAUGAGUAGAAAGAGAGGCUGUAAAGGGUUUGCAGUCCCCCCCCAGGCCCCACCGUCUGUCCAUCUGGGUGGGAGACCACACCCCUUGCUAUGAUACUUCCGGGUACGGUGGUUCAGGGGAAAAUUAGCUCAGUGUUAAUGGCUCUAGCCUGCAGUCAGGCCAAGUAACGGU